CUGGGUCAACUACCUCAUCUGGUCUGAGAACUAUGGUGCAAAGCGGGCUCAAAUUCUAGAAACAAGCAGUUAGGUUAGUCCAGCACAAUCUCAUCGAUAUAAACAAAGUCAAGCCUCCAAAUCUGACUCCAAAGAGAUAAAGAAGAAAACAAGGACCCAAAAUUUGUAGAAUUGGAGGAGGCAGUUUGGGGUUGAUGGUCCUCACGGACAAAGCAAGGAUCCAAGUUCAACUGAAGUUGACAAAAUUGCAAGCCAUGAAGACUUGGGAUUGGGGCUUUUUAACCCUUGACUUGAGAUGUUUUAAAGCAAAAACAAGGGGUGUUCAGUAAAAAAGCUAACUAAGUUAUUGCGUAAAAACAUGGCAUCCAAACCAUCAAGUCUUGGAAGCUCCCUUCUUGUGCCCUGUGUUCAAGAAUUGGCCAAGGAUCCUUUGGUCGCUGUUCCACCAAGAUACAUCCGUUAUCACCAAGAACAUCCCAUCAUUGCUAGUCAUGAUCCGGUAUCUGAGGUUCCAGUUAUUGAUAUGCAGAGAUUACUUGAUCAAGAAACGAUGGAUUCUGAAUUGGGCCGCCUCCAUUUCGCUUGCAAAACAUGGGGUUUCUUCCAGUUGGUAAACCAUUGUGUAAGCUCUUCAUUGUUAGACAAAAUGAAGACACAACUUCAGGAUUUCUUCAACCUCCCAAUGGAGGAAAAGAAAAAGUUCUGGCAGUAUCCAGGAGAAAUAGAGGGUUUUGGACAAGCUUUUGUUGUAUCUGAGGAGCAAAAGCUUGAUUGGGGCGAUCUGUUCUUCAUGGUCACCCAGCCAGCUAAUUUAAGAAAGCCUCACCUAUUCCCAAAACUCCCUCUUCCUUUCAGAGACACCUUGGAGAGCUACUCCCUGGAAGUGAAAAAUCUAGCGUCUGCUAUUCUUGAACAGAUGGGAAAAGCUUUAAACAUUAAAGCUGAAGAAAUGAGAGACUUCACAGAGGGCAUAAGACAAUCAAUGAGGAUGAACUAUUAUCCGCAGUGUCCUCAACCAGAGCAAGUUAUUGGCCUUACACCUCAUUCUGAUGCCACCGGUCUCACAAUUCUCCUACAAGUUAAUGAAGUGGAAGGCCUGCAGUUAAGGAAGGAUGGGAAGUGGGUUCCCAUAAAGCCACUCCCAAAUGCUUUUGUUGUCAAUGUUGGAGACAUUUUGGAGAUUGUAACCAAUGGUGCAUAUCGUAGCAUCGAGCAUCGUGCAACAGUAAACUCUAAGAAGGAAAGACUUUCAAUUGCUUCAUUCCAUUCCCCGAGGUUUGAUGGCAAAGUAUGCCCAGCUCCUAGCUUGGUAACCGAACAAACACCAGCAUUGUUUAAAGAAGUUACAGUUAAAGAGUACUUCAAGGGCCUGUUUUCUCGUGAGCUUGUUGGAAAAUCUUAUCUUGAUACAUUGAGAAUACAAGAUGGUCAAGCCUAAAAUUUGGCCGAAUUCUGUCCUAUGAAUAUGUAAAAUUUGUUAUGUAAGAGGUGCUUUGAAAGUUGUUAGAAAUAAAUGAGCUAUAACUAUAUAGUUCAGAAAAUUUCUGUAAGACUUGCAAUACUAUAUGUAAAAACAGAUUUAUUAAACAUUAUGUUGAAUGGAGUGACGAAAAUGUGCUGUUGAUUUA